UUCUCUCGGUUCUCUAGUAGCAUCUUCGAGAUGUCUGGACGUGGCAAAGGCGGCAAAGGCCUGGGAAAAGGUGGCGCCAAGCGACACCGCAAGGUUCUGCGGGACAACAUCCAGGGCAUAACCAAGCCCGCUAUCCGGCGAUUGGCUCGGCGCGGCGGCGUCAAGCGCAUCUCCGGGCUCAUCUAUGAGGAAACUCGCGGUGUCCUCAAGGUGUUCCUGGAAAAUGUGAUCCGUGACGCCGUCACCUACACCGAGCACGCCAAGCGCAAGACGGUCACGGCCAUGGACGUGGUCUACGCGCUCAAGCGCCAGGGCCGCACUCUCUACGGCUUUGGCGGCUAAGCGGGUCCACCUGCUCUCCCUAGGCCUU